UGUGGGUUUAAAACUCUCCGUUUUGUCCCGCGUGUGUUUUCAAAACGACAAAUUAUUUUUUCUUCAGUCCGAAAUAUUUUCGAGCAGAAAUCAUUUGGAGGUAACAACAUUGAACAUUUCAUGAUGUUUUGUGGGUGCUUAUGGCAAAAUAUAGAAUGUCAGAAGAGACUCAGGUCAUCCAGGUUGAAGAGCCAUUGAUCAGUCAACCUGUAAUUACUCAGCAAUACACAGGACAUAUCGACCCACAGUCCCUGACAGAGACUGCAGAUUCUGAUAUUCCUACUGAGAGCCUAGACCUAGCUAGUCCUAUAGAGCUUACCACUGAGACAGUUGUAGUGGUCAGUGGCAAGAAAUGUAUGUUACGUGUAGAGCAGGAUACGGGACAGUUGAUCGCUUUCCCAGUCACACCAAAAUCCAAAACUCCAAAUAAACCUCCAGCCUCAACAGGUAGAAAAAGGGGUCGUCCCAGGAAAGAAGACACCCUCAAGAAACAACGAGACCAGGCACUGAGGAAAGCUGGCAAAGACACUGACUAUGUUGCUGAGGAAGACAAAGACACUAGUGCUGUUGAAGGUCUUCUAGAGCUCUCUAAUGUUGGCCCUGAUGGGUUGAGACGUAGCGGUAGACAGAGAAAGAAAAACACCCUGUAUAAAGAUGACUAUAGACAGUUCUCUGUUGGGGAGGAAGAUGACGAGAAUGAUCUUAAAAUUGAGAUGGAGGAGGAAGAAUCAGUCCCCGCCACAGGAAAAGGCAGAGGUCGUCCAAGGUUAUUCAACAAAGAGAAGUCUGUGAAAGCCCCUGGAGUUGUCCCUGCCUUUGUGAUGCAGAGUAAAGAUGGAACCACCAGUAUGAUGAUACCAGUAGAGGGCCUACAAAAAAUGCAGGAGUACCAAGAGCAUGUUAAAAAGCAGGAGCAGGAGAAAGCAGCAGAAGCUGCUGCAGCAGAGGAACCUCAGAGAUCCAGUAUUAUAAUACAGAAUGCUGAUGGAACUCAGAUUCAGAUCAGUACAGAACAGCAACAGAUGAUGGAAGAACAAGGAAUCAAUAUUGCCUUUGAUAACACACAGCGACUUUUCACAAAAAUGGAUGCUACAAAUCCAUCAGAAAUUUUGGAGCAGCAAGAAGGAGAUGUAGUUCAGGUUGUUACGACAGAGCAGGAGACUGUGGAUCAUACCCAGUCACAGAUACAAAGCGAUAUUUCACAAACUGUGGAACAUGUACAAAAUAUAGAGACUUCUGAAACUGUUAAUAUUAUAGUUCAAAGUGAGGCUGAAUCUCAUAAUGAGGCUAUUGUGAUUCAAAGUGAGGCUGGGAUUCAGAGUGAGGCUGGUGGACCUCCUAAUGAGACCCAAGUUGCUACUGAUGAGAUUCUUCUCCAGGUCGAUGAUGUUGAGGAUAAUGUCGGAGAGAACAACAGAGCUCUUGAUGAGAUGGAAGUCGAUGAUGUCAUAUACACUGAUAAGACUGAGGAAUCAUCAGUGAUGGUGAAAAGAACCAGAGGAAGGCCACCCAGUAAGCGUGUUGCAGGACCAGCAGCCAUUAUUGCCCUUCCAGAAAACCUACUUCCUAUUGUUGAGGUGCCAAAGAAACCUCCUCCUAAAAUUGGUCUCAAGGCCACUGAGAGUGACUUAAGUAAGCUAGAGUGCCCCAAAUGUGGUCAACAGACAUUCUACCCACAGCAGUACCAGACACAUAUAGCUACACAUGAGGAUGUUCAGACAUGCAAAUGCUGCCAGUUUCACACCUUUGACGAGACUGAACUCAUUUCUCAUUAUUUGAAUAGCCAUCCAAGGAAUAUAUGCAGCUUCUGUAACCAUGUAAGUGAGCAUGCCUAUGUUAUAAAGCGCCACAAACAACGCCACACACGAGAAGGUUGCGAAUGUGAAGUAUGUGGCAAAGUAUACAAGGACCAGUAUAUACUACGGAUGCAUAUGAAGAUGAUCCACAUGCCAGCUGAAGUGUUAUAUGAGUGUAGCUUCUGCCAGAAGAAAUUCACAAGGAAAGCACAUUUAAAACGGCACGUCUUAAUACAUGGCAGUGAAAAGCCAUUCAAAUGCCCACAAUGCGAUUAUAGAGGUUGUGAGAAGUCUGACAUUACAAAACAUGUUCUCAUCCAUGAGGAGCCCAGGUACAUGUGUGGGGUCUGUGGAAAGGCAUUUAGACAUUUCAAAAACAAGGAGCUACAUCUGAAAAGGCAUAAGGGUCAGAGGGACUACAAGUGUGGAGUGUGCGACUUCUAUGGCUACACCUUCACUGAUAUCAGGAAGCAUAUUGAACGAAAGCACUCAGAGAAUAUUCCCAAAGUUAAUCUACCAUUGGAAGAGAAUCGGGGAAUCUAUUGCGAGAAAUGUGGUAUUGAGUUUGCAAACGAGAUGAUGUUGAAGGACCAUACACAGAGAGGCCAGUGUGAUAUCUCCCUCACCAUUGAGCAAGCUCUCGCGUCAAAUACCCAUGAUGCAUCUGGAAGUUUCUUGAUUCCCAAUUCAAAUAUCACGGUGGAGCAGGUUCCGUCAACUGGUGGCACCACUGUUGUCAGUAUGACAGAUGAACAGAUGGCACAGGUUCAACUAGUGGUCAACGCAGAAGGAGAGAAUGGUAUUACUGCACAACAACUAGAAAAACUCAUCAAUUCACAAAACCAAGAAAUACAUGACGGACAAGUCAUCACAGACUCUCAGGUAGUUUAUUCAGAAAUAAUCAACAUGGACUCGACCAAUCAGGGCCUAGAUUCAAAUAUAAUCACCUUGCAAGCUGGUGACAUUACAGCCAAUCAGAUUCAAGAUAAUCAAACAAUGUCAGCCAAUCACGAAGUAUUUGCUCAACAUGAAGUGAUGACAUCAUCAUCAGAUGGACCAAUAGACAGCCAGAAUGUGAUUAUGCAAGAAGAGGUACAUGUGGACAGUUUAGAAGAGUCUGAUUUGACCAUUUCUCUGCAAGAGUAAGCAUACAUAUGUGUAGGUAUAAAUGUUGCAAAGAUUCAAAAUGGCUGCCAAUUUUAUUGUAGAAAAAUCAGGUUUUCAGCUUUUUUGUAAUAACUUCACAAUGAUUUCACAAACAUUAAAAUAUUGAAACCUUCCCAUGUGAGCACAGUACCCUUGGUACUAUUCAUUUAGGUCAUGUUGUCUUGAAUACAACUCUAUUUGUAAUGAUCAUGAUUCACCAAUGUAUUCAAUCAGUGUUCUUUCUAAAAAUAUAUUGCUCGUUGUAAAACAGGAAGGUGUGAUGAAUUACAGAAUGGUUUGUACUGUUAUAACAAAUUCAUAGGACAAAACUCCCCUGAGUUAAUAAUUCUGGAGGUGGUCCUCUCCUAAACAUGAUUAGUAUUUUAUAGAUUGGACUAUAACAAUGACUAUUACCUAGACAUAGUAAUGUACAUUAUGCACAUACAACAAUAGGUGAACUGUUGUUCAAUCACCUCCUCAAGAUAUAAUGG